AUGUUCCAGCCUCAACCAACGCCUUUUGCGUUUCACGCCUCGGCACACAACCCAUACUCUCACCCUCAUCCCCAAGGUCAUGGUCAAACGUACAUGCAAAGCCAGAGCGGCUCGCCGCAGGAUCACCGGCCUCAGAACAGCGGAGGCUAUAGCAUCAGCACUGGGGCAGCAGGGUUAGGAGAAAUGAUGAUGAGGAACGAAGAAGGCGGAGGAGGAGCAAGAGGAAGAGGGGUAGGAAGAGUGGAGAUGAGGAUGAGGAUGGGUAUGGCGGGCGAUGGUGUCGGAGGAGGUGCAUCUCACGACGCCGGCAUUGAUACAGGAAUGGCGGGCUCACAUUACGGCUACUUGUCGUCAGCGAGAGCAGAGAGGGGAUCAGGAAGCGGCCCUAUUUCUGGCUCUGGCUCUGGCUCUGAUUCUGAUGCUGUUUCUCGUUCUGGUGGUCGAGGCCAUGGACAUGGUCUAGGUCGAGGUCAUGGCCAAGCUGGGGCUGGAGCUGGAGUGGGUUCAUCGUCGGGUGCAUCGUCGGUGGGACUGGACAGCAUGGGUAACCCCCUGGUGAUGGGCGGCGGUGGUGGUGGUGAUGGUGGUGAUGGUGGCGGCGGCGGCAGGCUAGGGCUGGGGAUGGGGAUGGGCAUGGGACAGAUGGGCAUGGGCAUGGGCAACUUGAACGGCAUGGGUAUGGGCCUGGGCCACAGUGGGCUGUCCCUCACCACCACCAACGCCAACGUUGUCUCUGGCGUUUCCGCCGUGGCUUCGGCUGCUACUUCUGCUGCCCACUUGCACCUUAACAACCACCAUAACAGCCCCGGCGCUGCUUCUGCUCCUGCCUCAUCCUCCUCCGCGUCUUCUUCCUCCUGCUCCUCCUCCUCCCGCUCCCUCUCCCGCUCCUCCCACCCCCAUUCCCACUCCCACUCCCAUUCGUCCUACGGAUACUCCCACGCCAACCUUUACUCCAACCACAACCUCCUCCACGGACACCUCCAGCAGCAACAACAUCCUCCUCCUCCUCAUCCUCACCCCGGCGCCUCUUCUUCGACAACAUCCUCUUCUUCUGCCUUUUACACCACCAACUCCAACGCCAACCCAGGCUUCACAAACACCGCCGCCGCCCUCGCUCCUGAUCACGCCCACGCUCCAGCCCACGCCGUGAGCAGCACUCGUCGUCCUUGCGCCAUGGAACCCGGCGACCCCUCCGACGUUGCCGCCCAAGAAGCCGCCGCUCGGGAUUAUCAGCCACAGCUCGAGGUGAGUUGGCUCGCCACCCCGACUCCGGGAGACGCACGCCUAGCUCCCGUCGCCGAACCCCCCAAGCUUCGACUGCUCGUGCUCGUGCUCGUGCUCUCUCUUUUCUCGCCCUCAACCCACAAGAAUCUCACAAUCCUCUUUGAAUCCAAUGCUAUUGAAUCCAAUACCAUUGAAUUCGAUGUUUCCUCCACGUCGAAAGCUCCCAUCGAACCCGAAUCCUUACUCGGUUUAUUGGUGGGCGACAAGAUUACCAGCGACGCCAUAACCGACGAGUACGCCAAGGCUGACGAAAUCUAUAUCGCAAAGACCAUCAACCUUCCCCAGACAUAUUCUCACUAUCGCCCUGUUCAAGGUGACGGAAAUUGCGGCUGGCGAGCAAUCGGCUUCUCCUACUUUGAGCAUCUCAUCAACAAUGGCGACCAGCAUCAGAUCCUCGGCGAGGCCGCGCGCAUCACGAGCUUAAAUCAGUAUCUCCUCAACGUUGGCGGCUACGAUCGGAUGUUGUUUGAGGACAUGGUGGAAGAGACGAUUGGCUUGCUAAAAGAUGUCGCCCAGAAUAUUGCCAACCCACAGCUAGCCAUGGACAUCAUGGUCCAGCGCUUCAACGACCAGGGCUCCUCCAACGCCAUCAUCUACCACCUUCGCUUGCUGGCGCUCUCAUGGCUCAAGGGAAAUGUUGAGCUCUACGAACCCUUCAUUCCCGCCGAGACGGGUAUCAUCGGCUAUUGCGCCGAAAUCGAACGCCCAAACAGAGAGAUUGACCAUCUCGGCAUCAUUCUGCUCGUUCAGGUGCUGCUAAAACCCAUCAACUUCGUGCUGGAGAUUGCGUAUCUGGAUCGCAGCCCAGGAAACCAAGUCAACAUUUACCGCUUUCCGGACGAGGCCAAUGGUCAAGACCCUGCCACUCUGGGCCCCAUCAUCUACUUGCUCUACCGGCCCGAUCACUACGACAUUCUAUACAAGUCGCCUCCGAAUCCGCCACCCUUGAAUCUUCAGGUUCACCGCGUUGGUUCCUUUUCUCAUUCUCAAGAGAUUGCGAGCGUGGGUCCUCCUUUGCACAGCUAUUCUCUCGACUACGGCCCCCUGGCCAUGCUGCCCGGAUUCGGGGGCCCACCCUCGGGCUUGUCUUCCGCUCUGUCUUCGCUCGGCUCGCCCACAUCCACAUCUCCGCUUCCAGACGCCUAUGACCCUUCACCUCAAUCUCCUUGGCUCGCGACGCCGUACUCUGAUCAUCACAUUCAGCAGCAGCAGCAGCAGCAGCAGCAGACGGCACCAGCCCCUCGACCGCAGCCUCAAACGCCAGCUCGACCACAACAAUCGACGCCUGCCCCUACGAAGCCGUCGCAACCGGUUGACUACCAGCUCAGAUUUAGUCACCAGUGCUGGCAUCUCAACAACACCAGCUCGGCGCAACCGUCAGUGAUACCCGGCCAAGCCGGCUUCCAUGAACCCAGCUUUACUACUGCAAUGUUCAAGAACAGCCAUUUCAACAAGGCACACUACAAUAAUCCUCACUUUCAUCCCGAGGAGUGGACUCCGGACGAUGAUGGCCACCACGAGCGGCUGCCGGCGCCCAAGAAGAAGGGAAGAGUCAGGUCGGAUCACUAG